CUGAGCAAGUGUGGUGGAGCUGAGGCAGCUGGACUACACAGAGGAGGAGAAAGAGGGCGACAGAGAGAACGGAUCUAUGCUCCGCGACCGCCAACAACGGAGGAAAAUUUUAAGUAUGAACCUCUGCGUGCUGUCAUCGCUCAGGACCUCCCCCUUCCACUCCCCCGUUGAUCCGUGGCGAGGUUGUGUUUUGGAGCCGCACGUGCACCGUGCCAUAAAGCCAGCCAGAAGCUCCCAUCCCUCGACAAAUGAACCCAGUCACAGACGGGCAACCCGAAAGAGGACUGCGCCAUCCACCGCCUCAUCAUGAAGAAGGAGACACGCGACCUGAACUCUGUUGUUGCAUCAGAGGCGUCACACUGGUGCAGCCUGUUCUGGCUCAGACCUCUGUCCUUCCACCAUCAGGCUAAGGGAGACAUGGUCCGCCUGAGCCAGGGGUGUCGACUCGCAGAGAGGAUGGGGUACACAUUCAGAGACAGUCUGGUGUUCAGCAACCGCCCACUGAAAGUCCGAGAGAAGAUUCGUCUGAGGGUGGAGAAGGAUAUGUUUAUGUGGCAUGGAGCCCUGCGAGUAGGCUUCACCAACGUGCCGCCCACAGCCAGAUCUCUGCCUCUGCCCUGCGUGGCCAUGCCCAUCCUCACUGACGCCCCUGGGCACUGGGCUGCUCCUGUGCCUGAAUCCUACUGCCAACCAGGUUCACAGCUGGAGUUCUGGGUUUCAAGGGGUGGCACCAUGUACGUCACAAGCAAAAACUGCAUGCAGCACAAACUGCUAACAGGAGUGGACCUCAGAAAGCCGCUGUGGGCAAUGAUAGACAUCUACGGACAGACAUGCUCCAUUUUCCUGCUGGGCUCAGAGAGAAGGAUAGGGAUUUUCACUCAAAGAUCCCGUCCUGCUCCUGAACACCUCACCACACCUGAUGUUGACAUCCACUGUGGUUCGAUUUCUGAUGUCUCAAGCCUCAAUGGAAACAGUGAUGAAUCCAUCUCCUCUCUUGACACGGAAGGCCCAGCAGAUGAAGACUGUGUGGUGUGCAGGGGAAAAAAGGCCAGAAUCACUCUGCCCUGUGGCCACCAGUGUUUGUGUAAACACUGCAGCCCCCGAGUCCUCCAGCAGUUUGGCUUCUGCCCACUCUGUCGAUAUGUGAUCAGAGCUCCAUCAGCGGAGGAGUGAUGCGUCUCUGGGGCGCUCUCAGCUCCAAGACACCAGAAAGCUCCUGAGUGACCGCACUGAAGAAUGCACUAAGAGUGGCACCUGCUUAAUGUGUCCUUGUAGCCCAGUGGUUGGGGAGGUUUACUGUGUGGCCACAGCGUCCCUUGUCGAAGCCCAGCCAGGAACCUCCGUCACAUGUUUUUCAACUCUCUCUCUUAUUAUGUAAAUGUUGUACUGAGAUGUAUAUGUGAAGAUAGUGAACUGGAGUAUUUUCUGAUCAUGUGAGAGAAUGAGUGAAACUUUACCUCUUAAGGUAGAUGGGGAUGAGAUUUGUUCUGGUGAGGACAGCACAAGGUGUAAUGUAAUACAUAUAAUAUAAUAAUAAAAUUGUACAUUAUAUUUUUGCUCAUUGAUUUUAUAAAUCUUAAAUCAAUCUUUAAUUUUGUAAAAUUUGUAAAAAUUGUAUAGAAAUGCUGUUUUAUAUUUUUUUAAAUCAAAAUAUCAUAUUAAAAUAUGCCUGUAAAAU